GGCGUCUGACUGACAGAACACCACCUGGAGACGAUACCACCACAAGCGAGUCGCCCAUCGGCCAAAUCUCCCGUCAUGGCGAAGAAAGCCAAAUCGCGCACCAUCGCCGUGCGCCUCAUCUCAAUGGCCAUGACGGGAUACUACAAAACCUUCACCAGGCCGAGAACCCAUCGCCCUCUGAGCAUGCUGAAAUAUGACCCAGUCGUCAAGAAGAAAGUUUUAUUCCUUGAAGCAAAACGCGGCGGCAAGUAAAAUCCUUCCAACAACCGCGGCACCGAAUAGCGAUCGAUAGUACCUGGUGGCCGUGCAGUGCAAGCAUAUCACGACCCGUCUAAGCAAGACCUUUGAAAAGCCCAUGGCUACGCAGGCAGGAGGCCCAGCCACUGCACAUCCAUCGCCUGCUGGAGCCUGCGCGAUCACGCAGGAUGACGAUGCACUGGAAGAGCAGAGAGCAUGGGAAUGGAUCGGAGCUCACACCUGAGUGGUAGCGUGAGCUACUGAAGCCAGGCAAGGCAAGACGCGGUGUUUUUGUACACCAGAGCAAUUGGUUACAUGGAGACACCAAGACCGUCAUGGUCGAGAGCUAUGAUAGAAUACACAGAGCCAGGUCUUCGCUGCGGAUCGAUUCCCGCCUCGAAAGCACUACGUGACCAGAGACAGCCGUCAGCGUCCAGCAAGCUCUCGGGCAAAGCGCGCGUUCUUCUCCUCAUCUACGUGUUCAUUAGCAGGCCAUCAAUGCUCUCGUG